CUCAGAAGAUGCAUCUUAUUUUUCUUCUCCUACUGGUCUUUCUCCUAUCGCCCAGAGCUGAAGCUGGGGAGAUCAUCGGGGGCAAAGAGUGCAAGCCACACUCCCGCCCCUACAUGGCCUUCCUGGAAAUUUGCACUUCUGAGGGUCACACGGGCCAUUGUGGUGGUUUCCUGAUAAGACGGGACUUUGUACUGACGGCUGCUCACUGUGCAGGAAGCUCUAUAGUUGUCACCCUUGGAGCCCACAACAUAAAAGAAAAACAAGACACUUGGCAGAAGCAUGAGGUCAUAAAACAAUUUCCUCAUCCAAAAUAUAACGGCUUUACAGUGCGCAAUGACAUCAUGUUACUAAAGUUAAAAGAGAAAGCCAACCUGACCCUGGCCGUGGGAACGCUCCCCCUCCCAUCCCAAUCCAACUUUGUCCCACCUGGGAGAAUGUGCCGGGUGGUCGGCUGGGGAAAAACAGGAGUGGAAGAACCGGGGUCAGACAUUCUGCAAGAGGUGAAGCUGAGACUCAUGGAUCCUCAGGCCUGCAGGCACUAUCCAAAUUUUCACCACAAUCUCCAGCUGUGUGUGGGCAACCCCAGGAAGAUAAAUUCUCCAUUUAAGGGAGACUCUGGGGGACCUCUUCUGUGUGCUGGGGUGGCCCAGGGCAUUGUCUCCUAUGGACGGGGGAAUGCAAAGCCCCCUGCUGUCUUCACCCGAAUCUCCCAUUACCGGCCUUGGAUCAAUAAGGUCCUGAAGGAGAAUUAACCCUAGGAGCC